AUGUAUCGGAAGUUGUCUAAGUUAGAACACUCGGAAAUAAAACAACUUCUUACAGAAGCUAAUAUAGAUGUUGCAAAGCAUUACGCAACAAACAAAAAAGCACUCGCUGACUUCAUUAAAGACUAUAAUGGUGCAAUAAGUUAUGAUAGAAUUCAUGAGUUCAUAAAGCCGCAACGCGGCGAGGACGAAGUCCAUGCAAGAGCAUUUCCUUUAAAUGACGUUGCUAUUGACUUAUAUCAUAGACGUUCAGUACCUCAUGAAGUAAGAAGAGAAAUGUUUGACAUAACAAAUGCAAACGUUGGUGAAACAAGAAGAAGAGACGACACACUGAAACAACAGAGAAGAGAGAUGUUUAAGAGCGCUAUAGAACAAGUUCGCAAAGCUAACGAUGUCAUUCGUUCCAUUGACGACAAACCAAAAGAAGGUGAGAGAUGGUUAA